AUGGCUAUUGGAGAGAUCGUUUUGGGUUCCUUCUUGGCUUCCUUCUUUCAGAUUCUAUUCGACAAGUUGUCUUCUCUCACAUUGAGCUAUGCGCAACAAGAAGGAUUCAACACUACCUUGCUUGAGGAGUGGAAGGGAAUGUUGUUGACAAUCAAUGCAGUGCUGGUUGACGCAGAGGACAAGCAACUUAGCAAUAACCCUCUAGUGAAGCUAUGGCUGGACGAUGUUAGGGACUUGGCCUAUGACAUGGAAGACUUGCUUGAUGAGUUGGUGAUCAAAAUCACUCAAGUUGAGUCAGAGGCAAAAUCCAGCACAAGCAAAGGUCUGGAGAAAUGGAAGUCCUCUUUCUUUGGCCAAGAUAAAUCCUCCAGAUUGAAUCCAAACUUUCACUCGCUUGUGUCGGAAACCAAGGUACAAGAGGUCAAUGGCAGGUUGAAAGCGAUUGUCACCAGGAAGGCUCAUCUAAGCUUGAGAGAGAAUGUUGCAGACAAAUCCAACUAUACCAACAAAAGAGAUCCCACCACUUCUUUGUCGGAACCUCAAUUUUUUGGUAGGGAGAAGGAAGAAGCACAAAUACUCGAACUAUUGAUAAGUGAGGUAGAAAAUUCCAAUGCCAUGCUAAGCAUAGUCCCCAUAGUUGGGAUGGGCGGCGUUGGAAAGACAGCAUUGGCUCAACGAACUACUUUGCGGUCAAUCACGGGGUUGUCCAACGAGGGUGAAGAUCUUAAUGAGCUUCAAGUUAAGUUGAAGGAUAGUCUAUAUGGGAAGAAGUUUCUUGUGGUUUUAGAUGAUAUAUGGAAUGAAAAGUACGAAAAAUGGACUGCCCUCUUAAAGCCAUUUGAAGCGGGUGCUAAGGGAAGCAAGAUCAUCAUCACAACUCGCAACCUUCAUGUUGCCUCUAUAACAAGAGCUUCGCCAUAUCCUUUGAGAGAAUUGUCCUUUGAUAAUUGUGUAAGCUUAUUAGCCUUUCAUGCUCUUGAAGCAAUAAAUUUUGAGAGCCACCCGGCUUUUGAAAUGAUAGGCAAGAAAAUAGCUGAAAGAUGUAAAGGUUUACCUUUGGCAUCGAAGAUGUUGGGUGGUGUCUUACGUACUAAAAGUAAUCCUGAUGAAUGGGAAGAUACCUUAAAUAACAAAAUAUGGGAUCUUCCGACGGCAGAAAAUGAUGAGGUUCUCCCUAUUUUAAAAUUGAGCUAUGUCCAUCUUCCUUCCCAUUUGAAGAGAUGUUUUGCUUAUUGUGCAAUAUUUCCCAAGGAUUAUGAAAUUGAAAGGGAUGAGCUAGUACUCUUAUGGAUGGCAGAUGGCCUUUUAGAUGGACAAAAAGCAAAGGAGAACAACUUGAGAUUAGGAAGGAAUUACUUUGAUGAGUUAGUAUCCAGAUCAUUUCUUCAACAAUCAAGUGUGUACGUAUCUAAGUUUUCAAUGCACGAUCUUUUGAAUGAUCUAGCAAAAUCAAUUGCAGGUGGGACGUGCUUUAGCUCCGGGGAAUCUCAGCUGGCAAUUAAUGAAGAUGAAGCAACUCCUGAGAAAGCUCGUUAUGCAUCAUUCAUCUCGUCAAAAUUUGUUACAUCAAAAUGCUUAAGAGCAUAUCACCGAAUGAAAGCACUGAGAAGUUUAAUGUUACUAGGGGGCAAUUUCUAUAUUUCCAACAAGGUGUUACAUGACUUGCUAAUAGAACUGAAGUACUUGAGGGUGCUCUCAAUAUGUCAUUGUGACAUUGUAGAAGUACCAAAUUGUGUUGGAAAUCUCAAGAAUCAUGAACUUGAAGCACAAGUGGUUGACUCUUUGCGACCUCACACUAAUCUUGAAAAUCUCACUAUUUUGAACUAUGGUGGUGCAAUAUUCCCAUCAUGGUUAGAUAGUCCAUCCUUUUCUAAGAUGGUGUCCGUGUGCCUGUUGGGCUGUCCUAAUGUUAUGUCGCUGCCUUCACUUGGACAACUACCAUCACUUAAGGAAUUAUCUCUUGAAGGUUUGCAUGCAGUAACAAUGAUAGGAUCUGAGUUUUACGGAGGUAAAAGGCCUUUCUCAUCCUUAACAACUUUGGAAUUGAAAGAGAUGUUGGCAUGGAAGGAUUGGUCUCCUCAUGCCGAGGACCUAAAAGAAGAAUUCCCAUUCUCCUGUCUCCAACAUCUUGUUGUCCGAAGCUGUCCUUCGUUGGUUGGGACAUUGCCUUGUCAACUUGAUCAUCUUAUAAAGCUUGAAAUUCAUUCAUGCCCACAUUUGAAUAACUCAACCAGUGUGGUUCGUCUUCCAUCUCUCCGUGAGUUAUACCUUGAGAAUUGUAACAAUGAGAUAUUAAAGAGCUUGGUCAACCUAACUUCUUUGACCAUUCUUAGAAUUGAAAACCUUGCCCAGCUUGUUUGCUUUGUUCAUGAGUUUAUGAGUUGCUUGGUCAAGCUAAAGGAGCUUCAUAUAGGAGGGUGUGACAAGCUGAAAUACUUGUGGCAAGAUGGAAAUGAAAUGCUAAAUCUUACUUGCCUCCAUGAAUUAGCCAUUAAAAGCUGUCCUCAAUUCACAUCCUUUGUGGCAGCAAAAGGAGAAAUGGAGUUGCCCUGCAACCUUGAAAGGAUGGAAUUGAUUAAUUGCCCAAGUUUAGAAAAACUUCCAAGCAAGAUGCACACACUUAGACAUUUGGACAUUCAGGAUUGUCCAAAACUCACUGGACAAACUAUUCAUUCAUAUGACCCCAGCAGCAAUAACACGAUAUCUCAACUUGAAUAUCUGCGAAUGAUUAGAUGUGAUGCUCUAACAUCCUUUCCGUUUGCCAAGGGUAGACUUGUUGCUCUAAAGAAACUUACAAUUUGGGAGUGCAAGGGGUUGAAGUCAUUGGAAGAGAUCACCAUACAAUCGCUCGAAGAAAUGACAAUUGGUGGCUGGUGUGAGAAUAUGAAGCAGCCAAUGAGAGAAUGGGGCUUACCCCUGCUCACAUCCCUCGAGUUUCUAAUUAUUGACUUGAGCAUGGGAGGGGAGGGAGAGAAGGAGUGGUUUCCUUCGGAGGAAGACGAGGAGGAUGUCUGGAAUCUUCUCUUUCCUUCCUCUCUAAUAGCUCUCCCGGAUGAAAAGAAUGAGGAACGUGGAAAGAUUAGCGGCGGUUUUCGCAACCAGCUCUCUUCUCUCAAACAUUUAGGGUUUGUAGAUUGCCCAAAGUUGAGGAAACUGCCAGAGGAUGGCCUUCCUCCUUCCCUCCAAUCUUUGGAGAUAAAAAGAUGCGAGAUUCUGGAAGAUCGAUGCUCAAAACUCACUGGCGACAAUUGGCCCCUCAUCCAAGAUAUCCCUUACAUUGGCAUUAAUUACAGUCGGAUUCGAUGA